AUGACAGUUAGCAGUUUGAUUAGUGAUACUCAAGGUGAUACUAUUGUUUCAUCAGGAGAGAGAUUUGAACUUGGUUUCUUUACCCCUAAUGGAAGCUCUGACAGCAGAAGAUACGUUGGAAUAUGGUACUGCGGAUCGAAUCCGAAAACUGUUGUGUGGGUUGCCAAUAGAGACAACCCACUUUCAGAUACUCAUGGAGUUUUUGCUAUGGCAGAAGAUGGCAACCUCAAGGUAUUGGAUGGUAGUGGGAAAACUUACUGGUCCACAAGUCUUGAGAGAUCAUCAUCAAUGUACAGGACAGCAAAGCUCAUGGACACUGGCAAUCUUAUUGUGAGCAAUCAAGAGCAAGGAAACCAUUCAGUGAGAAUUCUGUGGCAGAGUUUUGAAAAUCCAACUGAUACAUUUCUUCCAGGCAUGAAAAUGAAUGAAAAUUUAGUAUUGGCUUCAUGGAAAAGUUAUGACGAUCCAGCAACAGGGAACUUCACAUUUCAGCAGGAUGAAGAAGGAAUGAACCACUUUGUUAUCUGGAAAAGAUCGAUGAGGUACUGGAAAAGCGGAAUUGCUGGCAAGUUCAUUCGUUCUGAUGAGAUGCCUUCUGCAUUUCUUUACUUGCUAUCAAAUUUCACCUCUACCACAAUCCACAAUGACUCUGUGCCAUAUCUCACCUCAUCAUUAUACAAUGAUACAAGACUGGUUAUGAGUUUUUUGGGCCAAAUUCAGUAUCUGAUGUGGGAUACUGAGAAGGUUUGGUCUUUAAUCUGGGCAGAUCCUAGAGAUAGCUGCAGUGUGUAUAAUGCAUGUGGUAAUUUUGGUAGUUGCAAGAGCGAAAAUGGUUUGGUUUGCAAGUGUUUGCCCGGUUUCAAGCCUAGUUCACCAGAAAAUUGGAAUGGAGGAGAUUAUUCAGCUGGAUGUAGUAGAAAGUCAGGAAUAUGUGGCAAUGGUGCUGUGAGUGACAUAUUCUUGAGUUUAAAGAUGAUGAAGGUGGGAAACCCGGAUUCUCAGUUUAAUGCCAAAAGUGAAAUGGAAUGCAAAAUAGAGUGCCUCAACAACUGCCAGUGCCAAGCUUAUUUAUACGAGGAGGUUGAAAUCACACGAAGGGGUGGAAGUAGUAGUUCUACAUGUUGGAUUUGGUCACAGGAUGUCAGCAAUCUUCAAGAGGAGUAUGACAGUGGCCGGAACCUACAGGUUCGUGUAGCAGUUUCAGAUAUAGAAUCAACAUCGAGGAAUUGUGAAACUUGUGGUACAAACAUGAUCCCUUAUCCCUUAAGCACUGGACCAAAUUGUGGUGAUCUUACGUACUAUAGUUUUCAGUGCAACAUCUCCACGGGCCAGGUUAGCUUUGAGGCACCCGCUGGCACCUACCAAGUCACAAGCAUCGAUCCGGAUACAAGAAAGUUUGUCAUCCAAGCCAAAAAUGCAGAUGACUGUAGAAACAAAAAUCUCCUGCAGCUCAACCAAUCAUCUCCCUUUCAUUUGAUCAACAGGUGCAAUGCUGAUCCGGCCAACUUUAGUUCUGAUUUUUCAUUUAAAGCAGGAGAUGAAGUUGAAAUUUCAUGGGAUCCACCAUUGGAACCACCUUGUUCUUCAUCCACAGACUGCAAGGACUGGCCCCAUUCUACUUGUAAUGCUUCUCAAGAGGGGAAGAAGAGGUGCCUCUGCACCACAAACUCUAAAUGGGAUAGCCAGACUUUGAAUUGUACUCAGGAAGUUGGUUACAGUAGGCAAACUGGUGCGCGAGGAAAGAUGACCUUGGCUCUAAUCAUUGCAGUAACUUUUAUAAGUGUAGCUGUUCUAGCUCUUCUCUCAAGUACCUUCAUUUAUACUUAUUAUGGAGAAGGAGGAGGGUCAAGGGACAAGGUAACUAGAAGCAGGGAAAUCCUUCAUAAGAAUUCAGCGCUUUACUUAUAUGACAGUGAGAGAAAAGUUAAAAAUUUGAUCGAAUCAGGCCGAUUUAAAGGUGAUGAUACAGAAGGCUUUGAUGUACCCUUUUUCGAGUUGGAAAGCAUACUGGUUGCUACAGAUUACUUCUCCAAUGCAAAUAAACUUGGACAAGGGGGUUUUGGCCCUGUUUACAAGGGUAAGCUUCCAGGAGGACAAGAAAUCGCUGUCAAGAGGCUCUCAAGCUGUUCAGGACAAGGAUUAGAGGAAUUCAAAAAUGAGGUUCUGUUGAUUGCCAAACUCCAACAUCGAAACCUGGUUCGACUUUUGGGCUAUUGUGUUGAGGGAGAUGAAAAGAUGUUGGUCUAUGAAUAUAUGGCCAACAAAAGCUUGGACUCAUUCAUAUUUGACCGAAGACUAUGCAUGCUAUUGAACUGGGAUAUGCGCUUCAAUAUCAUUCUGGGAAUUGCUCGGGGGCUUCUUUAUCUUCACCAAGAUUCUAGGUUAAGGAUUAUUCAUAGAGAUCUCAAAACCAGCAAUAUUCUUCUAGGUGAGGACAUGAACCCCAAAAUCUCUGACUUUGGUUUGGCUAGGAUCUUCGGAGGCAACGAAACUGCAGCAAACACUAGUAGAGUAGUCGGAACAUAUGGCUAUAUGGCUCCAGAGUAUGCAUUAGAUGGGUUAUUUUCUGUUAAAUCUGAUGUCUUUAGCUUUGGCGUAGUUGUAAUUGAGAUCAUCAGUGGGAAAAGGAACACAGGAUUUUUUCAGCCUGAAAGGUCGUUGAGUCUUCUAGGCUAUGCAUGGCAUUUAUGGAAAGAAGAGAAGGCACUGGAUUUGCUGGACCAGACACUUUGUCAAAGCUGCAACAAGGAUGAGUACUUAAAAUGUGUCAAUGUUGGGCUCUUAUGUGUACAAGAAGAUCCCGGUGAUCGCCCAACCAUGUCACAAGUAGUUUUCAUGCUAGGCAGUGAAACUGCAACUAUUCCAGCACCCAAACAACCCGCCUUUAUUGUUAGGCGAUGCCCUUCUAGAAGUAGCAGGGCUUCUUCUUCAAGCAAACCUGAAACAUUCUCUAACAAUGAGUUAACCGUCACAUUAGAAGAUGGUCGGUAA